AUGGGUGCCUUGAUCAUGGGUGAGUUCCGGCGGUUGGCCGUGGAGACUGACCGGUUUCUGUCCCGGUUUGGUGAGGGCAGGGUGUUUCCCUGGCACGAACGGUUGACACUUCUGAGUGUCGAGACCAGUGGAGGCUGGGUGAAGCACGUGCAGGUGUGGGCGUGCAUUGAUGUCGGUACGGACGGAGGAUACUUUGCUCUUGUGGAGACUACGAGUCACAGAGACGACGGGGAGGAAACUCGAUCGGUCGUGGUGGAUGCCUUUCGUUUCCCGGAUACGAUGUAUGGGCUUGAGCCCUACUCGGAUGGCGGUGCCGGCUUUUGGCACUUUUACCAGGCGCAGCUGGGUCCCGGCGAGGACUGGACGGAGGAGUAUGUGCAGGCCUUUGCCUCUGGGUCUUGGGAUCGACAGGCAGGUAUUGUCGUGCAGUGGUCGUGGUAG